AUGUAUCAUCAAACCAUAAACUUCUGGUUCACUUUAUUGAGAUGCAUUGGUAUGAGCCCUGAUAGGCCAAAAAAUUACUUUACGUUCAUCUUCAUUGUGACAUUAGGAAAUAUCAUUUUUGGCCUUGUAUUAGCAGACUUUUUCUACAAUCCAGACGCAAGUUACAUGGACGCCAUUGAGUCCAUUGUGCUCUUCAGUCACAUGUUGUCGAAAACUAUAGCCAUCUUCAUGUUUUCGAAAGGAAUUCGACGGCUGUCUGAAAACUUGAAGAACUUUUGGAGCUUCGAAGAUCAUGAACAUUUAAGGGAAGAUUGUUAUAACAAAUUAAUAUCAUUGCAUAAAGGAGCUAAGAUGUAUUUGAGUUACUACGUCAUAGGUUGCUCAUCAAUAUUAAUGCUACCGUUGGUUACAUCCAGAACUUUGCCAAUGUAUGUUUACGUACCAGAAGCUCUAGGCUCAAAUUUCAUUUGGGCACUCGAAACCUUUACUGUUCCCUUAUUAGAUUUAAACGUCUUCUCCUUUGACUACCUGACUUUCACCUUCCUGCAGUUGACAAUAAUGCAGUUCCAGCUUCUGAACUCGUCAAUUAGCCAACUGAAGUUUGGAAAGGGCCAAGACAAUGAGAAGUUGAAAAUGCAGUUGGCGAAAAUUAUAAGGCACCAUAUUUUCUUGUUGGAAUUCGUCAGAACGUUAAAACAGGUCACGUCCAUGCCCCUUUUGGUCCAGCUAUUCAACACCGUUUCUGCCUUUUGCAUCGAACUUUAUUUAAUGAGAAACCAUAUUGACAUGGGACACGCUUUAGUUGGAAUUCUUCAUUCGGUGGUGAUUUUCAUCCAAAUUUGCUACUUCUACUGCGGUCCCUGCCAGGAUGUUAUGGACCAGGGCCUUAAAAUCGCCGACACAAUUUACUCCAUCAACUGGUGCCAGCUGGACGACAACAAGCUGAAGAUGUACUUGAAGCUCAUUAUUCUGAUGAGCAACAAAGAGAUUAUCUUUAGUGCUGCCGGCUUUUUUCGAAUCAAUAUGGCCACUUUGGUUACGGUGUUCAAAACCAGCCUUUCCUUUUACUCUUUUUUGUUAGCAAUGGAAACGAAGGAGGGACGUGUAAAGACGCUGGCUUUUUAA